AUGUCAGUGAUUCCGGCUGCCGUCAUCAUCACAUUGCUCGUUUUGUUCAUCGGCAUUUCCAUUAUUCUAGGGGGUAUAGCAUGGUCCCAGACCACCUCCCUCUUUCUUCCAUUCCCAACCUCGGUCAAUGCCAUCGCCACUCUUUUCCCGGUUUUCUCUGUUUUGAUCGUUAUUGCCGUCAAUUCUUUUGCUUCGCGCUUUGAAAGGGCGAAUACGCGCUGGGAACAACCAAUAACGUCGGGUAAUGGUGAUGCCAAUGGGACCACGACUAUAGUUGCUUCAUCCACCUUUCGCCCAAUCCUCGCCUUCGUCAUCGAUAAUCUCAUGACGAUUCUUCCCACGGUGCUUGCUACAAUAUCAGCCACAUAUAUACUGCCAAACGAUAAUAACUGUCAUCUUGAACAGACCUGGCAAACUUACUAUCACAACAAAGAUGUGAAUGCCAUUCGCUCGAUACAAGACAGACUCCAGUGUUGUGGUUUGCGAAGCACUCAUGACAGAGCAUGGCCUUUCAAGGAUGCGACUCAUGAUGAUAAGGCAUGUGAACGCUCAAUGGGGUAUAAACAAAGCUGUCUAGAUCCGUGGAGUGAUAACGAGAGAAAAGUUGCCGUGUUAGUCUUUGCAGCAGCUAUUCUAGGAUGGGGAAUCAAGCUGGGAUUCAUGUAUCUUAGCCCUAGAGGCUCGUGGACUUUCAACAAUUCCGCUUUCGGCCGUCCUGCCUGGACUAAUGGUGCUAGCAAUGGCACUGGAGACUCAUCUACGGCUCCAAGGCUGCUUGCUCGCACUUACAAUGAUGAUUCAAGCGAUAUUCAGAGGGUUAGGGAUGAAGAACCUCCAUUCACCGAUACCGCGCUGGGCGAAAAUCCCUCGCUGGAUGCCGAUGCUCGCGAUGUAACUUCGCCUGAUGGUCGAGACCUUUCUGGGACAAGUCAUUGGGGGUAA